AUGACAGAGCACAGCCGCUUCGCCACCUACCCCAGUCUCAGGGACCGGGUCGUCGUCAUUACCGGCGGCAGCAUGGGAAUUGGUGCAUCCAUGGUUGAGCACUUUUCCGUGCAGGGCUCGCAGGUCAUAUUUCUCGACAUUGACGACGACGCCGCCGCCGCCACCAUCGCCCGCGUGGCCGGCCUCGGCGUCGCCCACGAGCCCGUCUACCACCACUGCGACGUCUCCGACAUUGCCGGCGCUCUGCAGCCGACCGCUGCCGCCAUCCUCUCGGCCUUUCCCCGCAUCGACUGCCUCGUCAACAGCGCGGCCGCCGGCAUGCGCAAGCCGACCGCGGACAUCACGCCCGAGUGGUGGGCCAAGGCCGUCGACGUCAACCUCAGCCACCACUUCUUCCUCACGCAGGCGCUGCAGCCUGGCCUUGAGCGCGCCGGCGCGGCCUCCGUCGUCAACAUGGGCAGCAUCUCGUGGGCGAUCCCCGCGACGGGCCUCGCCCCGUACACGACCAUGAAGGCGGCCGUCGUCGGGCUCACGCGCACGCUGGCGCACGAGCUGGGCCCGCGCGGCAUCCGCGUCAAUAGCAUCAUGCCGGGAUCCAUCGCGACGGAGCGCGAGCUGCGUGAGGUCAUGACGCCCGAGUACGAGCAGCUGGUGCUGCGCAGCCAGGCGCUCAAGAGGCUGCUGGUGCCCGCCGAGGUGGCGCGCACGGCGCUGUGGCUCUGCGCGGACGACAGCUCGGGCAUGACCAACCAGAGCAUCCGCGUCGACGCCGGCUGGACUUGA